CUCCGCCUCAGCCGCCGCCGCCGCCGCUUCCGGGGCUGAGUCCGCCGCGGCCCAGCGGCGCCAGGUGCGUCCGUCCCUCCGGCUUCUUCUGCUCCCUCCGCCGCCGACAUGGCGACGCGCUCCUGCCGGGAGAAGGCGCAGAAGCUGAACGAGCAGCACCAGCUCAUCCUGUCCAAGCUGCUGCGGGAGGAGGACAACAAGUACUGCGCCGACUGCGAGGCCAAAGGUCCCCGAUGGGCUUCCUGGAAUAUUGGUGUGUUUAUUUGCAUCAGAUGUGCUGGAAUUCAUAGAAAUCUUGGAGUUCAUAUAUCCAGGGUCAAGUCGGUCAACCUAGACCAAUGGACUCCAGAACAGAUACAGUGCAUGCAAGAUAUGGGAAAUACUAAAGCAAGAUUACUCUAUGAAGCCAAUCUUCCCGAGAACUUUCGAAGACCGCAAACAGAUCAAGCAGUAGAAUUUUUCAUCAGAGAUAAAUACGAAAAGAAGAAGUAUUAUGAUAAAAAUGCUAUAGCUCUUACAAAUAUUGCUCCCUCCGACGUUCCUCUUCAGCCUCUAGUGUCUUCUCCUCCUCUGCAAGCUGCUGCUGAGAAGAACAAGCUGGAGAAAGAAAAAGAGAAGAAAAAGGAAGAGAAAAAGAGAGAAAAGGAGCCAGAAAAGCUUACAAAACCACUAACAACUGAAAAGCUACAGAAGAAAGAAGAUCAGCAGUUGGAGCCUAAGAAAAGUACGAGCCCUAAAGCAGUGGCAGAGCCUACUGUGGAUCUCCUCGGACUCGACGGCCCUGCGGAAGCGCCCGUGACCAAUGGGAGCGCAGGCACGGCGCCGGCCCUCAGCGAUGAUCUGGACAUCUUUGGACCAAUGAUUUCUAAUCCUCUGCCCGCAACUGUCAUGCCUCCGGCUCAGGGGAGCUCCUCUGUGCCAGCAGCAGCAGCCUUGUCUACGGUAACAUCCGGGGAUCUGGAUCUGUUCACUGAGCAAACUGCAAAACCCGAAGAAGUAGCGAAGAAACAGCUCUCCAAAGACUCUAUCCUAUCUCUGUAUGGCACAGGAACCGUCCAGCAGCAGAGCACUCCGGGUGUGUUCAUGGGACCCACAAAUAUGCCGUUUACCUCGCAAGCACCAAGCACAUUUCAGGGAUUCCCGUCCAUGGGCGUACCUGUGCCUGCAGCUCCUGGCCUCCUGGGAACCGUCAUGGCACCAAGCACAAGCAUGAUGGUGGGCGUACCCGUGCCCAACGGGUUCAUGGGAAGUGCACAGACUGGUGUGAUGCCCCUGUCUCAGGCUGCCAUCGGCCCCCCAGGAGGAAUGGUGGGACACGUGGGUGCACCGCAGGGCAAGCUUGGCCUGCAGCAAGCUCCGCAGCCCCCAUGGGGCCUCGCACAGGUGAACCAGCGCAUGGCGGGCAUGAGUGUGGGCACCGGCGUGGGCAGCGCUGGCCCCGCGGCGGGCUUUGGCCAGACGCCCAGCACCGCGGCAGGCUGGCCAGCCAGCGCUUCAGGCCAGACGCUGAGCACGCAGCUGUGGAAGUGAGCCACCGGCAGAGCCUCGUCUGGACGGACACCUGACAUUCCUUGCUCCACGCGCCCCGCGCCCGUUUCCUCAUGUACAUACCGCUGUUUCUUUCUUCCCCAUCUGUUCAUAUGAGAACGACCUGAUUGACCGUGUUGGUCUGUGCCGAUUCCGUUUUGAUGUGGUGAAAGGCAGGUUGAGAAACCACUUGCUAUCAAGGGCAGCUUUGCUGGUCUUCCGGUGUCAUAGGCCACAGCGUAUGAGGAGCUGCCUGGUCAGCCUGCAUAAGCAGUUUUACUCUGAAUAAAAUUAUAGCUCUCAUGUUUGCAUAUAAGGGAAGUAGUUAGGCUAGUUAUACCUCUAACAGUAUAAACCCCACCCCACAUUAGCCAGUAAUCUGUAGGAAGGUACUGUAUGAUCAAAUGUUUAAUCAUAUAAAUAGAAUGUAAAUGUA